AUGGACGUUCCUCCAAGUCCCUCGCGAAGUAGACCAGCAACUCCGAGCAGGAACUCCUCUACAUCCUCGGCAGUAGAUCUCGGUGGAACACCCACUGGUCUCGCUAACGCAAGCCCGAUUUCGCCAGCUUUGGACCCGUCCGAUAGCAGGGGCUCGUUUGCAAGGCGGAGGACAAGUUGGGGCAGGGUAGAGCCUGGGCAGGAUCCGCUACGUCUUGAUUUACCUUCGCUCGAGGACGGAGCGUCCAACUCUAACAGCGCGGGGAAAGGAAGAGUCAUGUACGACAGUGGGCAUGAUGACGACCCUUUUACCUCACCCACGGAAGAACUGCCACGCCUGGGGCACGACUAUCCUAUCGGCAGUGCGGGCACGCGUUACGGUAACACAUACUCGAGCACAUACUCCACAUCGCAGUCCGGGCCAUCGACCGUGUCUCUGAUCCCUAACUAUCGAAGCUACUCCGGCGGAUCUGAGUCGACCGUGGACGGGGCUCGCGAAGAUGACGAAGCGCAUCUUACUGCCAAUAUGGCUCGGCAGGGAGCUUCAAGUAAUUGGGACGCCAGUGAGGACGCGGACGCGGAGAGAUUGGGAAGUGCGGCCCAUCGCACGAGGCGAAAAACAUUACGGUACAGUGCAAGUCCGUCCCCUCUAAAGCGAGCAGGGACAACGCUGGGUGGGGUAUCGCGCAGCCUCCGCCGUGUCUCUCUACGAGUUGUCAAUUUCUCGGGCAUGGGCGCGGAAGACCGAGUGCGCCUAGCGGACCUAGAGGAUGAUGAUAUUGGGAAAGUAAAGAGCAAAGAAGAAGAUACAGAGGAUCGGUUAAGGAUGGAGGACUACCUGAAACAGACUCUGCCACUUAGGGGACGAACACUCGGGUUCUUGAAGGCAAGGAAUCCAGUUCGCCUAGCAAUGUUCCGUUUCCUUAUAUCCCCAUGGACGGAACCGUCCGUUCUUGUGCUAAUUAUCGUGAACGCUAUAGUGCUCACGAUUCAAGCGUCGCGAACCCUCGUUGUCUCGGGAACGAGCGACAACCCUGGGUCCCCUACCCCUGUCAAGGGUUAUUUCCACUCUUGGGAGGACUACGCCCUAUUUGGUCUCUUCAUCAUCUUCACACUGGAGGCCUUUGCUCGAAUAUGUGUAUCCGGCCUUCUCUUGGACCCUGAAGUGUCUGUUUCCUCCACAGUAGCAUAUUCAUUAUCGCAACCUCAACCCCUCCAUCGCGGCAAUUCCAUCACUCAACGUCUCCAGCGCAUUCACUCCAACUUUAUACGCCCAUUUGCACUUGCACAUCAUUCGUUCACAUACCCACCAAAAUCAACCACUCAAGAUACCCCUAGAACCCCUCGCCCGAGGUCUGAUACGGCGCGAUCGACAACUCCCAUGCACGAGAAAUCUCUAUCGCAAGCGCAAACCUUGCAUGCUCACAUUCGCAACCCGUCCGAACCCAAUUUCCUUUCGACAUUCCUGCGUUCCGACCGGACGCGCCCUGACACCCUUACCCUCCCGUUCACGCUCAAUGUGAACCAAGAACACGACGUAAUUAGGCGGAAUGUGCCGUACCUCAGGCAUAGCUGGGGAAGAAUUGACUUCCUAGCUGUUCUGGGAUUCUGGAUCACCUUUGCCUUGGCUACAACCGGUGUGGAGAGAGGGUCUCAUCACAUUGGUAUUUUCAGAGCAAUAAGCGUGCUCAGGACGGCACGGCUUCUUGCUGUAACAUCAGGUACUACGACGAUCAUGCGUUCUCUCAAGACCGCACGACCACUGCUUGCCGGAGUCGCUUAUUUUGUUAUUUUCGCGAUGGCAUUCUUCUCAAUUGUCGGGGUGGAGACUUUCGCAGGGUCCUUCAAACGCUCUUGUUAUCUCCUGGCGGUUCCCGGUGUCUCAGAUGAAAUCAAUCUGGGCCAGGCAUGCGGUGCAUACAUCGAUCCCGUCUCUCUGAAUGUCACUGGGUUCAUACAAGCGAACGGCGAGACUGGGAGAGCAAAGGGGCUUGGCCCCGUGGUCGGCGAACAAGACGACGACUGGUCCAUGGCAGAUGCAAGACGGGCGUCAAAGCGGAAUAUUCUCAAGGAUGUUUACGAAUACAUCAGAUGGUGCUGGGUCGCAUUGGCCCUCGCGUCCCUCGUUCUGCAGGCCACACGGACUACCACCGUUGGUCAGACGCACCAGCAAGUUCUGGAUAAAGGUGAACUCGCUCUUACCGUUGUAUUCGACAUCGAGAUUGUUAUCCGGAUCCUCGCGGAGCUGCCCGAUUGGCGUGCAUUCUUCUCCAGCGGGCAGAAUUGGCUGGAUACUGUGCUCGCUAUUGGCUCGACUGUGAUUCAGAUCCCGGCGGUGCACGAUUCGGCCGUCUAUCCUUGGUUAACCAUCUUCCAAAUCUUGAGGUUCUACAGAGUUAUCUUGGAGGUUCCUCGAAUGCGGCCCCUUCUCCUCGCUGUUUUCGGUAACAUGUACGGUUUAGCCAACAUGACCUUAUUUCUCCUCCUGAUGAACUAUGUCGCUGCUCUCAUCGCCGUACAAUUGCUGCGCGGUGAUAUGACCUCUGAUAUAUCCAUGAAUUUCGGUCAGAUCUUCACGUCGUUCCUUGCGGUGUACCAGGUGUUCUCGUCAGAGAAUUGGACGGACGUUCUCUACGACUCCACUGAGGCUGAGAUACCUCUGGGACAAUCGGUUGUGGUCGCCUUGUUCGUGACUGCUUGGAUGCUCUUCGCGAACUUCAUUGUUUUCCAGAUGUUCAUUGCCGUCAUCAAUGAGAACUUUGAUGUCGCGGAGGAAAGUAAGAAGGGCAAACAAGCUUCGAAUUACUGGGCAAUGCAACAGCCAGAGCCGGCUCGUGCGGGGUGGGUUCGCCGCCUCAACCCAUACAGAUGGUUGCGUCCAAGUCCUAAGACGAUCAAAGUCGACAACCUACCUUCCCACCUAGUUCUUCCUAUGCAGAAGUCAUUGGUACAGGACCAUAGCCUUCCGAUCGAAGAAGAGCAGCAUCCAGAUGAAUUACCCUCUCAACGGCCAGGACGGUCUGGGAACUAUUGGCGAACCAAGUUCAUAUCAAUCUUACAAGGGCUCUUCGUUGGGAAACCCGACACCCAGGCAGUGCCCCUGAGUAAUCUACGAGGUCCUCGACGGCAGUCCAUGAUCAAUGGGAGCGCCAUUGAUGAUGACACGGAUCGCCAUCUUGAGUUGUUGGCCGUUGUCAAUCCCGAGACCGCUGCAGCGGAGGGCAUCAGUGAGGCCAGAUACGAGCGUAGGGCCAUGAAGGCAGAUUUCAUACGGGAUCAUCCCACUUACGACAAGACAUUCUGGGUCUUCUCUCAGAAGAACAUUCUCAGGCGUCUCUGCCAGAGGUUAGUACAACCGGCCAACGGGGAAAGGAUAUUCGGUUUGCCACCGUCUCCUUUCGCGCAUCCCAUGUUCCAGCUUUUUCUCCUCCUGGCAGUGAUCGCUGGCAUUGUUGUCGAAGGCGUGGCAUCCCCCGUCUACCGUCGAAACUAUUAUUUGCAAUACGGCCGCAUCCGCGGGUCCUGGUUUGACAUCGCGGAGACCGCUCUUGGGUUGACUCUUCUUGUCGAAUUCCUUGUCAAGGUGGUGGCCGACGGGUUUGUCUUUACCCCGAACGCCUACGUACGCUCGAUAUGGAACGUCCUGGAUCUGAUCGUACUUGCGGGAAUACUAGUCAAUCUGACCACAGGCCUCAUUUUUAUCGGCGGGCUCAGUCGUUUUACUCGCUCCCUGAAGGCUCUCAGAGCCCUUCGCCUCAUCACCCUCAUCGAGAACAUGCGCAGCACUUUUCAAUCACUAAUAAUCUCGGGCGCGGCACGGAUUUUCGAUGCUGCUCUGCUGGCCAUACUCUACAUGAUACCUUACGCUGUGUGGGGACUCAACAUAUUCGCGGGCUUGAUGCAAGAGUGCAACGACGGUAACGCGCAAGGUGCUUCUGAUUGCAACUACGAAUACACGAAUAAUAUCGACGCAGCUGGGGAUUCAUUUGGAUUUCUUGUUCCUCGCGUCUGGGACAACCCUUCCCCGUCCACUACUUUCUCGUUCGAUACUUUUCGGGCUUCGCUCCUCAUCCUCUUCGAAACUGUGUCCCUCGAAGGAUGGAUUGACGUGUUGAAUUUUGCCACUAGUAUCACUGGUCGAGGUCAACAACCGUCCACAAACGCUUCUCAGGUUAACGCUAUAUUCUUCCUCAUCUAUAACCUGAUGGGUGGAGUUGUCAUCCUUACGCUGUUCGUCAGCAUAAUCAUCGGCAACUUCAGAUCGAAGACAGGCGCUGCACUGUUGACUCAACCUCAGCGAGAGUGGAUCGAUCUGCAGAAGCUGAUUAAGCGCCAGCGACCGUCCAAGAGACCGAAGCAGAAGCCCACCUCUGCCUUUCGUCUAUGGUGCUUUGAGCGAGCGGUUCAUAAACAUGGCUGGUGGUCGAGGAUGAUGACCAUCAUAUUCGUGGUACAUGUCUUUGCUCUGAUGACGCAGACAAACGCUUCGCAGGGAGUAGCACAAGUCUUGCGAGCGUACUGGUUUCUUUUCGCGGCACUGGCGUAUAGCAUCGACACGGCCGUUCGUCUCAUUGGCCUAGGAUUCUCAAGUUUCCGGGCCAAUGGGUGGAAUCUUUUCGACAUCAUUAUCGCUCCGGGGGCGCUCGUCACUGUUUCCAUUGUCCUCUUUAGUAAUCCGGGCCCCCCAGAAUGGAUCCAGCAGUUGCAGAGGUUAUUCAUUGUCUCUAUUGCGUUCAAGUUAGUGCAGAGAACGAACAAUUUGAACAAACUCUUCAAGACUGCCAUGUAA